CGCAGGCGCGCUGUGUGCUCCGCCGUCCGUGCCGCAGUGGGGUGCCCCGUCCCGGCCCGUCCGCCGUCGGUGCGCCAUGGGCGGCAGGAUCGAGUGCGUGUUCUUCAGCGAGUUCCACCCCACGCUGGGCCCCAAGAUCACCUACCAGGUACCGGAGGACUUCAUCUCUCGGGAGCUGUUCGACACCAUCCAGGUGUAUGUCAUCACCAAGCCCGAGCUGCAGAACAAGCUGAUCACCGUGACAGCCAUGGAGAAGAAGCUGAUUGGCUGCCCCGUGUGUAUUGAGCACAAGAAGUACAGCCGAAACGCUCUGCUCUUCAAUCUGGGCUUCGUGUGCGAUGCCAGAGCCAAGGCCUGUGCGCUGGAGCCCAUAGUGAAGAAGCUGGCUGGGUACCUGACCACCCUGGAGCUGGAAAGUGGCUUCAUCUCCAAUGAGGAGAGUAAGCAGAAGCUGGUUCCCAUCAUGACCAUCCUGCUGGAGGAGCUGAAUGCCAAAGGAAAAUGCACCUUGCCCAUAGACGAGUCCAACACCAUCCACCUGAAGGUGAUCGAGCAGCGCCCGGACCCCCCCAUUGUGCAGGAGUACGAUGUCCCCGUCUUCACCCAAGACAAGGAUGACUUCUUCAACUCCCAGUGGGAUCUCACCACGCAGCAGAUCCUGCCCUACAUCGAUGGCUUUCGGCACGUCCAGAAGAUUUCUGCAGAAGCUGAUGUGGAGCUGAACCUGGUGCGCAUCGCAGUGCAAAACCUGCUGUAUUAUGGGGUUGUUACACUCGUCUCCAUCCUCCAGUACUCCAAUGUCUACUGCACCACACCGAAGGUCCAGGAUUUAGUGGAUGACAAGUGUCUGCAGGAGGAGUGUCUGUCCUAUGUCACCAAACAAGGGCACAAGCGCGCCAGCCUCAGGGAUGUGUUCCAGCUGUACUGUGGGCUGAGCCCUGGCACAACAGUGCGAGACCUCAUCUCCCGCUACACCCUGCAGCUCCAGAGGGUGGACGAGAGGAGGCUCAUCCAGUUUGGUUUGAUGAAGGGCCUUAUCCGACGGCUGCAGAAAUACCCCGUGAAGGUCGCCCGGGACGAGCGGAGCCACCCGGCGCGGCUGUACACAGGCUGCCACAGCUACGAUGAGAUCUGCUGCAAGACCGGCAUGAGUUACAAGGAGCUGGAUGAGCGCCUGGAGAACGACCCCAACAUCAUCGUGUGCUGGAAGUGACGGCGGAGAUGUCCCGUCCCCCCCGGUUGUGACCCCAGAGCCCGGUGCCCCCCGCCGGCCGCCGUGUGUCCUCCGCGCCGCCAGGGGGCGGCAGGGGGCGGUGAAGGCACCACCAGCGCUCUCCCGUUGCCGUAGCGACGCCGACGCCGCCGCCAUGGCCGCCCCGGGGCCGGUGCUGUUGCCCGGCGAGGCCGAGGCGCUGGUGCGGGCGCUGCAGGGCACCGAGCUGCGGGACAUCGGCGGGCAGCGAUGGCUCCGGCAGCAGGAGGCUGUGGAGAAGCUCAACAUGGACGCCAUCCUGAGUGCCUCUGCAGGCCAGGAGCAGCUCCUCACUGAGCUGCUGGUCACCUACGCCAAGGUGAGCUCCUUGCGUGUGGUGGUGAUCCCCGUGCCAGGCCUUCAGCUGGAGCUGGGGGCGGCUGGUGGUGAACAGUGUGCAAUUUUGGGGUAAAAUGGCAAAGAAUCGGUUGUAUCUGUGAGCAGGUUGGGUUGGGUUUCCAUUAAAGCUCAAGCUGCGGUGUUUCUA